UCAAUUUGCAUUGUUUACCUUUCCUCAUCCCUUGUAAAACCCCCUCAGAUAUUUUCCUCUAGGGUUUUUUGACACACUAAAAUAACCCAACUCAGUAGCACCAAAGCCAGUAGCUAUGGCGGAAUCAAUUUACAGAGCACUAAGAGACGGAGCUCUAGAAGGCGAGCUGGCGCCUGCUCUCACCAUCAAGGACUCCGUCGCUUCUCCCUUUGCCUUACAAGUGUUUUCUCACGUGAUUUCUCAGCUCUUCUCCUCCAUUUUGGCAGGAAAAUCGCAGUCACGAGGCCUUGUCGUGGUUUCAUUUUCCCGGAGCCCAUCGUUUUAUUUGGAUUUGCUGAAAAACAAAGGAACUGACGUCGCUUCAUCGAAUAAACAGAUUCAAAUUUUAGAUUGUUACAGUGAUCCACUUGGUUGGAAGGAUCAAUUAGCAGGGAGUAGAAACUUCACGGCUCUUUCCAAUGAAGCUAUGGUUUCGAGUAAUGCUAUUGUUUUUAGGGAAGUGAAACAUAUGGAUAAGUUGUACAAUUCAAUUAUUGAACUUGGCAAAGGACUGGUAGGAGGUGGAAAAAUCCGGUUUUCUAUUGCCAUAGACUCGGCCGAUGAAAUGUUGAGACAUGCACCUGUGUCAUCAGUUGCACGCCUGUUAAGCAAUCUUCGUAGCCAUGAUCAGAUUUCCAGUAUCUUUUGGUUAUUACAUUCAGACCUUCAUGAGGCUAGGGUUACAGCUGUUCUGGAAUAUUUGUCAUCUAUAGUGGCAAGUUUAGAACCAUCACAUCAACUUGCAAAUGGACAGAGAGGUGAUUUGGAAAAUUUCUCUUUGAUCAAGCAUAACUCCAAGAAAGGAAAGUUUCAUGUUAGAUUUAAGAAGAGAAAUGGACGGGUCCGUGUGAUGUCAGAGGAAGUUCACAUUGAGCAGUCAGGCAUCAACUUUGCAUCUUUGCCAUCUGAAGGAGCAAUUAAUCAGGGUCUUGUGCCAAAGGUCCAGUUCAGUCUUCAGUUGUCAGAGAAAGAGAGAAUUGAUAAGGCUAAUGUUGUACUUCCUUUUGAACACCAAGGUAAUGGUAAACCCAUACAAAUUUAUGAUGGCCGGAGAUCUCUGGUGGAUAGCAAACAUGAGAGACCAGUUUCUGCAGUGGAAAAUGUGCAGACAAACGAGAACUGCGGCAGUGGUGAGAUUAUUUAUUACCGUGAUUCAGAUGAUGAGAUGCCUGAUUCUGAUGAGGACCCAGAUGAUGAUUUGGAUAUCUGAUUAUGCUUGUCCAAUUUGCUGAUUUGGUUUAUGCACCGCAUUGCAAAUUGCUGCAAAAAACGGAUGGUCUACAUGGGUAGGCAUUGGUAACACACCACAGUGUUAGCACUCUAUAGAAGCCACCGAAUGAUUUACCUCUGAACUUGAGGAUUUUGAAAUGGUGAAAAUAGAAAGUAUAGCCAAAAUAAUGGGAAGCAUGGUGCUCGGGAAUAGACGACUCCGACUUCUGGAUUGAAAUAGGUUCAGUAUGAGACAGUAUGACAUAUUUGACGGUACCUUGGGGUGGAGAAUAUGAUGAGUUUGUUUUUUCAUAGUUUGAAGGAGGUUUAGUAUGAGACAAUAUGACAUGUUUGAUGGUACCAUGGGUGGAAAAGAUGAUGAGUUUGUUUUUUCCUAGUUUGAAGGAAUUAUUUUUCUGCUUUACCACAUCAUUAUUGAUAUAAAUGACUCUUGUUUUCUACCUCUGUUUCAUAAUUACAGUUGGAUUGCCACUAUAGUAACUUGUUUUGAACUGUCAAUGGGUCAUAUUUGACGGUACCUUGGGGUGGAGAAUAUGAUGAGUUUGUUUUUUCAUAGUUUGAAGGAGGUUUAGUAUGAGACAAUAUGACAUGUUUGAUGGUACCAUGGGUGGAAAAGAUGAUGAGUUUGUUUUUUCCUAGUUUGAAGGAAUUAUUUUUCUGCUUUACCACAUCAUUAUUGAUAUAAAUGACUCUUGUUUUCUACCUCUGUUUCAUAAUUACAGUUGGAUUGCCACUAUAGUAACUUGUUUUGAACUGUCAAUGCUGCAGGUUACAUUCCUUGGAAGUACAUAGAGGCUCAGAAAUUUGUUCCCAAUAUGAUUACUGUUUUAGUCUUAGUAAAAGAGCAGGGAGCCCAAAAGUCAAAAUUUUCAUGAGACCACCUCGUUAGCACAUGCCAUUGCCAAUUCUACUAUGUCAAUCACCACAAGCUAACUAGAGUCAUUCGUGCUGUCUCUAAAUGGAGGAGCUUGAAAAAUUUUGCAAUUUAGAAUGAAAGGAUUGUUGUCUCGAGGCUUGUAAUGUUGACCUCUUCCUAGGUUUUCCUUAGGCACACUUGAGGUUGAAUUCAAUAAUAUUACGAGGAAGAAUCUAUGUGGAGUUUGGAAAUGUUGUAAGGUGGGUGGGAGUUCUUGCCAUGGGUUGUCUGUCAUCCACAAUGGAGGCCAAGUUUGAGGACGGACUUUAUAGUUAAGUUUGCAUGUUCUCUUUUACAGUUCACCAUAUUCUUAUUGGGGGUGUUCAAACAUUUAAUUAGUGAUGGAAUAUCCUUGAGAACUAUAGAUGCCUUUAAUAAGGAAAGUAAUGGACCGUGUCUAUAGCUAGCAUACAUGAAAAACAAAUGGGGUUUUGGUCUAUCUUUCAGCAAAGAUCACUCGUGGGAUAAAGCUUUCUUGUCCAUGGAAAUAGAGAAGUUGGCAAAAGUUUUCAACUCCCCUUUGUGAGCCUCUCAUGAGGAAAUGGAAAGGAUUGCAGUUGGCAACAUUAGCAACCAUGGUUGUCAGAAUCAGGUUGGACCGGCCAGUUGAAUCGAAAAUUGAUGAUUUAAUCGCUUGAACCAGUACCAUAAAACCAGAGGAUUGAACUGGGUAAAAUGUCUGUUAAAAAGUUGUUUGAAUCGGUUUAAAUAUUUAAUUUUAUUAUAAUUUAUAAAAUGGAUGUUUAUGUUUCUA